ACACGAAAGGGAGAAGAAGAAGGCGUAGUUGAACCAAAGAUUCUCACUAUAGAGAAUCUUUGUUUGAACCAAAAUUGUUGUCGGUUUCGGGUUAAACUCCGCUUUUUCGUGAUGUUCCAUGACCAAGUUUUUCUACGUUCUAUAAAGGACAAGUACAUGUAUUGAAUCUCAACUGUAUGCACCCCCCUCCCCCUCCAAAACUCAAAACAACUUUGAAAUAGUUGAGUUUAUUGGCCUAUUCGAAACAAUUAAAUCCAACCCGUUAGGCCUUUGAAUGAAACCCCAUGGCAUUUUUAGUAAUUCUACUUACUCGCACCUUUCCCUGGCACGGAUUUUUGGCCGGCUAAUGUAAAAGUACAAUUUUGUCUGCGGCAGUAAACGAAAUCUGAACCCUAGUGUCUGGUGUACCGGCGUCUGUCCUAGUGAACCAAAGAUGUUCUUUCUGUGCGACUUCACGUACUUUCGUAAAUAAGCCAAAAGGGGGAAAAGAGAUAGCUUUUAUAGAUCUACUUUCUUACUUUAUGAUGAAAGCGUAGAAACGAGGUUCGAACUGGAGUCAUUUAUAGAUCUAGUUUUCUGCAUAUACUAUUAUGGCAUAUGGGCUAGGGCCUUCUAUGGUUGUCCGUUCCAAGUUGACUUUGAAUUCAUCGCAGGACCUGAGACUUGGUUGAGACUCGAAUCUUGUCGCAGGACCGGAGACUUAGUUGAGACUUGUCUUUAUAGCAAACUUACAUUUUUAACCAUCUCGAACUUGGUCAACAAGCAGAUAAAAUAUAGUUGACUACAUCAGUGAUGGCUGGCCUGCGGAUUUUUGCUUUUCAAAAUGUCAUAUCGACACAUGUGGCACAGUUCUUCUCCAAGCCAUCAGCACAAGUAUCGGAGAUUAUGCUAGCACAUAAUAGUCUGCCAUGGACUCUUCGAACUGCCAAAAGAACUUUUUGUACAUCUCUGCGAUGCUCCUCAUCUUCAUUUCCUUCAGUGACUGGGGCCAGUGCUACAAAGGUUUUUUGUCAGGAAAUAUCUUGUGGUGUGAGAUCUUGUAACAGAAAUUUAUUUGUAAGAUGGUCAAGGCUGUAUUCUCAGAUUCCUCAGCAAGAACUGAAACCAUUAGACAAGAAUCGCAAAGCUCGCCAUCAGAAACUCAUGUUACUCACUUAUUUAUCAGGCUUUAUUGGAGUCUGUCUGCUCGGGGCCAUAGGUGCUCAGCAAUAUAAGCGGAUGGCAAGAAAAGCAAAGGGGAUAGAGGAUUUGAAAAUCAGAGAAUACGGGAGGAGACCAUAUCUCUUUCGUUACCGAGGCUUCAUAUUUCCUCAAUUUGUUGUAGAUGAUGUAAAGAGUAUUCACCAGUUUGAAAUACGAGAAGAUGACCUAUGGAUCGUCAGUUAUCCAAAAGCAGGAACAACGUGGCUCCAAGAAUUGGUGUACCUGAUCGACACUAACUUGGACUUUGAAGGGGCAGAAAAGAACACAAUGGAUGAUAGAUUCCCUUUUUUUGAGUUCCCCUACCCUGGCAAGAAAGCGAUCAAUGACCUGCCAUCACCACGACGUAUCAAAACGCACCUGCCAUUUCCCCUGCUGCCAAAUCAAAUGAAGGAGAAAAAACCAAAGAUUAUCUACAUAGCAAGAAAUCCUAAAGAUACCCUUGUGUCCCUCUACCACUUCGCUGUCAAGUUUUUUGCUCCCGUGCAACGAUUUCAAGGUACCUAUGACCAGUUCUGUGAGCUCUUCGCAGAGGACAAAGCUAUAUAUGGUCCGUGGUGGAAACAUGUUCUGGAAGCUUGGAAAUGCCGUGAUGAUGACAACGUUCUUGUCUUGUUCUACGAGGACUUACAGAAGGACCUGCCUGGGGUUGUGCGACAGGUUGCCAGCUUCUUGGGGAAGAGUUUGACCGAUGCUGAGGUAGAUGCUGUUGCCAAACAUUGCACUUUUGAGAGUAUGAAGAACAACAAAUCUGUCAACUAUGACUGGCUGAAAGAGCAGGGCAUGGCAUCAGAUAAAGCAGAUUUCAUGAGAAAAGGAAAAGUUGGGGACUGGAAGAAUCAUCUUUCCUCUGAGAUUUCAGCAAAGCUUGAGGAGAUGGUGAGCAGUAAGUUGACCCCAGCAGGUGUUGUUUUUCAAGACACUCUCGAGGGAUCGUAUGGACAGGAUGAGGAUGACAUGUUGUGAUGAGCACCGAUUAUUUAGCCUUUUUAUGCAUGUGUGUGUGUGUUCCGGUGUGUCAUUAGUGUAAUUGUGUGGGUAUUGUAAUGGUGUGAGUUUGCUCCCCGUUCAACACUAUCAACUGACCCAUGUACUUUGAUCCUGGAUUAUAUCACGAUGGCUGCCUCAGCGCCGCACCCAGUGGAUCCUGAUCAUUAUUGGGACCAGAAGCGAGUUUUCAAAUGGUUCACUGUAAACUUAGCAUGCAGCUGUUAUGUAGUCAAUAGUUUUACUAUUGUUCUUACCACCGAGCACCGGCAUAAUGCGGAGGUGUUUUAUAGAUCUCGGCAACGGUUUUCAUGACCUUUGAUCUCAGUCUUCACAGUGCUAUCUUAAAUAUAUUCUGUACAGUGGAAUCCUGUUACAACGAGAGGGAGGGGACCGGAGCAAAUGUCUGUUAUAGCAGGAUUCUCGCU